AAAAACAUGUAGUCUGAGACUAGGCGGGACACUGGGCAGGUGAUGUAGAGUUGAGUGACGUCAGUAUAUGAAGGGAUAGUGUGGUCAGACCUAUGCUCAGCCAAAAUCAGUGUUUUUAAAAGAUAAAAAAACGUCUUUUUAAAUGUGGGGUCUGGUUAUUUUGUGAUGAUAAGUGACAGACGUGAUGACCCCCGAAACCCACAGUUAUCUCUAAGGGAUGACCGGCAUGGAAGUGCUAAAACCAGAGAUUAUUUUAGUUGGAAAGAGAAGGUAUAGGAAAAAUGAUUACAUAAGAAAAGAAACUUUUAUCUCUGAUGAUAAAGCAUUCCAUAAUGCAGAUUCUUCUAUCACAUGCGGCUAUGAAAGUGAUGAAGCAUGUGAUGUAAAUAAUGAGAUAUUUGAAACUCCUAAAGGUUUCAGUGUCAACAUGCUAAUACCCAAUGUAUAUUUCAAAUACAUAAUUGGGAAAAAAGGAGAAACAAAGAAACGUAUUGAGGCAGAAACAUAUACUAAAAUUAUUAUUCCAAGUAAAGAAGAAGCAUUGAAUGAAAACUUAGGUGAAUCUUUUUUUUUUAAAAUAUAUAUUAAUGAACCUAUAGUCGUCUAAUGUUGUGGUUGUGUUGUGUUUUUCUUUGUUUUGUUCUGUUCCCAAGUUGGUACAUUUAAAAAAAAUUACCUUGGCAGAGCACGGGUAUGCAGCUAGUA